AUGGAGUAUUGGCACUACGUGGAAACUACGUCAUCGGGCCAACCUCUGCUUCGAGAAAACGAGAAAGAUAUUUUUAUCGAUCAGUCUGUGGGUCUUUAUCAUGGUAAAUCCAAAAUUCUGCAAAGACAGAGAGGUAGAGUAUUUUUAACCUCUCAGAGGAUCAUCUACAUCGAUGAUGCGAAACCGACUCAAAAUUCGCUCGGGUUGGAAUUGGAUGACCUUGCACAGGUGGACUACUCGUCUGGUUUCUUGACCAGAUCGCCUCGUUUGAUUCUGUUCUUCAAGAACUUCUCUAGUAGAGACGCGCUGGAGAAGGUUGCCAAUGCAGCAAACUCCAACGUUGUUUCCACGUGGGUUUGCCCCAUUUGCAUGGUCUCGAACGAAACUCAGGGGGAAUUUACUGCGGACACUCUGCCUGCGCCCAUUUGUAUCAAUUGCGGCGUGACAGCGGACUAUGAAUUGACCAAGUCUUCCAUUAAUUCUUCCAAUACGGCGGAGCAAAAAUCAAAGUUUGAUGGCAAACCUGCGUCGAGCUCUGAAAAUGUUUGUCCCGCUUGUACGUUUGUCAAUCAUCCUCAAAUAGGAAAUUGCGAAAUUUGCGGCCACAGGUUGCCCAAUGCGUCCAAGGUACGAUCAAAACUGAGCAGGCUGAAAAACCUUCAUGAUUCUAGAAUCCAUAUCGAGUUAGAAAAACAUUCGUUGGGCAAAAAUAAGAGCUCCAACUCGGGGUCAUCGUCUUUGUCGUUGACAACAACACCCACAGCAUUCGCGCAAUUGAGCUUUCGUAAAUCCGAUGGUGUUUUGUUUUCGCAAGCCACUGAGAGGGCUCUGGAAAAUAUACUCAAUAAGAAGAAUAGACAUAUUUUCAAUCAAAAUGUGGUGUCCGUCAAUGGUGUAGAUAUGACAAAGGAGGCGAACGGCCACGAUUAUGAUAGUAGUAUCCCGUUUAUAGAAACCAGUUUGAACAGAAUUGGCAUAGCCAGCUUAGAGAAAUCUAGAGAAAACCAGCUCUUGAAUAAUGAUAUUCUAUUCAACAAUGCGUUGACCGACUUGAAUAAGCUGAUGUCAUUGGCCACCAGCAUUGAGAGAUUAUACAAAAACAGCAAUAUGACUAUGAAAAAAACAAUAACGAACUUCCAGGACGAAUUGAUCGUAAAUGAAUCAAAAACGAAAAGGCCGCUCUUGAUUCUUGACAGAGAGAAAUUCUUAAAUAAGGAAUUGUUUUUGGAUGAAAUUGCAAGGGAAAUUUACGAGUUUACGCUAUCCGAAUUUAAAGACUUGAACAAUGACGACAAUAUUACUAACUAUAUGAUUAUAACCCUGGUAGAUCUAUAUGCAAUGUACAAUAAAUCCAUGCGUAUAGGCACCGGACUCAUAUCUCCCAUGGAAAUGAGAGAGGCAUGCGAAAGAUUUGAACAUCUAGGUUUAAACGAAUUGAGAUUGGUGAAAGUAAACAAGAGAAUUUUGUGUUUAACGAGCGAAAAGUUUGAUGUCGUGAAAGACAAAUUGGUAGAUUUGAUUGGUGAGAAUCCUGGUUCUGACCUUUUGGGAUUAACACAAAUUCUGAGCUCCAAUAAUUCACAAUCAAACUGGACCUUAGGUAUUCUUAUGGAGGUCUUGCAAAAUUGUGUUGAUGAGGGUGACUUAUUGAUAGACAAACAGCUGAGUGGAAUUUACUACUAUAAAAACUCUUGUUGGCCCUCGCAUAUUUGA